AUGGGUAAGAAAAGCGAUGGUGCCGAGCUUCUCGUUGUCGUGGAUGCUGCCGUCGGGGUUAAGGAAUUGGCAGGAAAGCAAGCACAUGAUGACCGGGAUGGUAAGGCAUACGGUGGAAGAUUCAAAACUCCCGUUCGAUUAGCAGAGUGUUAUGAUCAUGGCGUGCUGAAAACAGAUCAAAUCCUAAGACGACCUCAAGCUGCAAAUGCAACGGGUGGCAGGUGUUCCAAGUUCAGAGCUACUCCUUUCGUGACGGACGGAUUGGGAUCAACCAAGACUGCGUUCUGGAGCUACCUACCUACAAUGGACAACUCUUUGUCUUUUGGCAACGUCGGUGCCGUGCGAGCAUUAAUUGUUAAGCUGAAGCACCAAGUGCCGAUGACAGCGCUGAAAGCUGUAUGUCACGAGCGACGCGUCACCGACAAGUUUUCUUCUGCUAACAUGUGCUGCAGUCAAAGUCCUCCUGGCGUGCUGCUUGCAACUGCCUAG